AUGUCGCAAACUUUAAAACUGGAAGAAUCAGGAUUUAUAACAGUGCCAGUUAUCGUUAUUAGUAAAAAACGAGUUCCAUGGUUUUGGACCACAAUCCAUGGUUCAUUGGUACUCCAUCAUGCGCAUGGGAAUAUUUCGGACAUUUCAGAAUCUCAUAAUUCUG